CUUCUUUUUUUUUUUUUUUGCCCGUUCAAAAAUAUAUAAAUGCUUCAAGCGCCGCCGGGUUCUGCACUUGCGAUCUCUCUCUCUCUCUCUCUCUCCUCCGGAGCUCCGAGGAAGCUCGCGGUUAGAGGGACCACGGAGAAAUUUUCCCAUUGCGAAGAAAUCUCCGAGCAAAAAUCAUUAACAAAAACCCUAGGGAUUCAUUCUUCUUUCGGCGGCUGUAUCUCCACAACCAAUCCCUGCAUUGCUCUCUUCGGAGCAGAGCCUGCCUCGAUCUACGGUUGUCUGUCGGAUCGAGCUCGAAAUUGGAGAGUUUGAAGUAUUUAGCUAAAAUUACUUGUUCUCUAUUCAGAUCUUUGAAAAUAUCAGUCAUAACCGGGUGCAUUAAGCAUUUGAGCCCCUUCCAUUGAGAAGACUACCCAAUAACUUGCAUUAUUUGUCGACACAGCUGUCCUAUUCAGUCAUUUUUAUUUUUAGUACAUCAGUAUUAAUACUGUUCAAUUUUUUUGAGCUCAUUCGACAUGGCGAACACAUUGCAUUUUUGUGGAGUUAGAACUCCCUACCCUGUUUUUUCAAAGAUGUCGUUGUGUCACCAACCUCUUUGGGCACAGCAGCAGCAGCAACCCGAUUUUGCAGUCUCUGUAGGUUCAAGUUUUAAACUUUGUAGAAGUUUGAAGGGUUCUUGUAGAGGUAGAGUUCUGAGAGUUUGUUGCGACGGAAAGUAUAUAGAUGUGAUUGAAAGGAACAAAACUGAUAGCCGAAGUCAUGAGCAACUCGAGGAGCAAUUGACAUGUGUUAUGAAAUUUGGCGGUUCGUCUGUUGCCUCAGCUGAGAGGAUGAGAGAGGUUGCUGACCUUAUUCUAAGCUUUCCUGAAGAGAGGCCUGUAAUUGUUCUCUCUGCAAUGGGAAAGACCACUAACAAGCUUUUACUGGCUGGAGAAAAGGCUGUCAGCUGUGGUGUUUCUAAUGCCUGCAGUAUUGAUGAGUUGAGCUUUAUCAAAGACCUGCAUCUCAGGACUGUGAAUGAGCUUGGAGUAGACAGAUCUAUCAUUUCAACCCACCUAGAAGAAUUGGAGCAACUUCUGAAGGGUAUAUCUAUGAUGAAGGAAUUGACUUUACGCACAAGAGACUACUUAGUUUCAUUCGGGGAAUGCAUGUCCACAAGGAUUUUUGCUGCAUAUUUGAACAAGAUUGGGGUUAAUGCCCGUCAAUAUGAUGCAUUUGAUAUUGGUUUUAUAACAACAGAUGACUUCACGAAUGCGGACAUCUUGGAAGCAACCUAUCCUGCUGUUGCAAAAAGGUUAAAUAGUGAUUGGACUAGUGAUCGUGCAAUUCCUGUUGUCACUGGCUUCCUUGGAAAGGGUUGGAGAUCUUGUGCAGUAACAACAUUGGGUAGGGGUGGUAGUGAUUUGACUGCCACAACCAUUGGUAAAGCACUGGGUUUGCAAGAAAUUCAGGUGUGGAAGGAUGUUGAUGGUGUUUUGACCUGUGAUCCCAACAUCUAUCCACGUGCGGAACCUGUGCCAUUUCUGACAUUUGAUGAGGCAGCUGAACUGGCAUAUUUUGGUGCUCAGGUCCUCCACCCGCUGUCCAUGAGGCCAGCUAGGGAGGGCGAUAUUCCUGUUAGGGUUAAGAAUUCUUACAACCCUAAUGCUCCUGGUACCCUCAUUACUAGAGCAAGAGAUAUGAGUAAGGCUGUACUGACAAGUAUUGUCUUAAAACGGAAUGUCACAAUGUUAGAUAUUGUUAGCACACGCAUGCUUGGCCAAUUUGGCUUCCUUGCCAAGGUAUUUUCUAUCUUUGAAGACCUUGGCAUUUCUGUAGAUGUUGUAGCUACGAGUGAAGUCAGCAUUUCCCUCACGUUGGAUCCAUCAAAACUUUGGAGCAGAGAACUCAUCCAACAGGAACUCGACCAUGUUGUGGAAGAGCUUGAGAAAAUUGCUGUUGUUAACCUCCUGCAGCAUAGGUCAAUCAUAUCUCUAAUUGGAAAUGUUCAGAAGUCCUCACUGAUAUUAGAGAAGGUAUUUUGUGUUCUUCGUACUAACGGAACCAAUGUUCAGAUGAUAUCGCAAGGCGCAUCUAAGCAGGUCAAUAUCUCACUAAUCGUAAAUGACAACGAAGCUGAACAAUGUGUGAGAGCUCUCCACUCGACCUUCUUCGAGACAGAACUCUCUGAAUUAGAUUUGGAGUGCGAUUCUCUGAAUGGUUCUGUUUGACAUCUUCAGUGGGACGAUGAUGAGCAUCUUGCUCGGGUUUCCAUUCAGAGUCUUAAUCAUUCCUGGCUUUAAUUGUAUUCUGUUUCAAUCUAUUCUCACCUUAGCUUGGGGAGCUGAUUUUUUUCCCCCUUGUUGUAGGCUUAAGAUGUAGCGUUGUGACCCUUCCUUUACAAGAUGCAAGGGUGUUCUGCUUUUUCCUUGAAUAUGUUGUAUCUUCUCCUGCAUGGAGGAACAAUGAAUUAGGGUUUCCUUUGUGGGAUAUGGCAUAGCAAAAAUUUAUUGGCCAAGUUUUAGGUUCUUAUUAGGUUGCAUCUCUUCUUCUAGGGUUAUUUAACUGUACUAUUUGGUGUCAUAUUUAAUAGUUCAAAUCAUUUUUGGAUCGAGUCUUGUUCAUGUCGUAUUUUUUCCUUCCAUGUGAAUACUUUGUUAGAAAUUUUUUAAGUAGACUACAUAAUUGAUGAUUAAUUCAUCGAUCUAUUGCUUCUUGUGAAAAAAGGGUAUCGAACUAAAGGGAAUGUCACUUAUAGAAAAAUAUUUUUAAGGCUAUUUAUUGAUCCAAGUACUUAAAAAAAUAUUUAUUUUUAAGAUGUUUUAAAUGGGGUUUAAGUUACUUUGAUGUCAAUUUGUAUGUCGUUGAUUAUUGAGGCUCUAUUUAGAACUCGAAAAUAUUGAAGAAAGGAAAAUAUUAAGGAAUUUACUAUUUUCAUAUCUGGUUAUUAAGAGAAGUAAAAAUAAAAAUAGAAAUAUAUUAAAUUUAUAAACAAAAUUUUAAUUUUACUCAUCAUUAAAAUUUGAUUUUUAUUAGUUUUUAAUCAUAUUAAAACAUAUUUAUAAUUUUAAUAGCAUUUAAUAUUUAAGAAAAUUAAAAUAGAAAAUUAGUUUCCUCUUCUUUCUUUUCUUUCCUUUUUUCAAAUAAAAUAUUUAAUCUAAGCGGAACCUUAUAGCCCGUUUGGAUUAAGGAUUUUAUUUGGGAAAAUGAAAGAAAAGAAAAAUAAGGAGAAAAUUCAUUUUUUAUUAUAUUUUCCUUCUAUAUUAAAUUCUAUUAAAAAUAGAAACUUAUUUUCAUAUGAUUAAAAAUUAAUAAAAAUUAAAUAUUAAUGAUGUGUAAAAUCAAAAUUUUGUUCGUGAAUUUAAUAUAUUUUUUAUUUUUUUUCUUACUUUCCUCGAUAAUCGAACAUGAAAACAUGAAUUUCUUAAUAUUUUCUUUUCCUCAAUAUUUUUCAAAUCCCAAACAGCGCGCUAUUGUGUUAUGAAAUAGGAAAAUAUAUUUAUUAACAUUACAAUUCCUUUUUCUAAGACUUCAAUUGUUAUUAUCUCAUUAUUUAAAAUACACAUGGAUUAUAAUCAUUAUAGCAUUAUAGUGUAUUGUCACAAAAUAUUUUUAUGUGAUUGUAUACAAUUUACCACAUAUAAUAUAAAAAAAGUGGGCGGGGUUAGGCUGGGGAAUAAAUUAUAGCGAAGACACUCAUAUUUGAAUUGAUAGAAGAUAAAAAAAAAAAAGAAAAAUUAAUGCUCUAAAGCCUGUUUGAAAUUCAAAAAUUAUUAAAUUUUAAUUUAUAUAUUAUUAAUAUUUUAUUUUUAAAAAAAAAUUUAGUCAUUUUAAAAUAAAUUUUAAUUUUUGAUAGUAUUUAAUAGAGAAAAAAAUAAUUAUUUUAUUUUAUUUUCCUUUUUCACAUAAAAACUUUAAUCCAAACAUACCCUAAAAUUCUUACAAUUUUUUAAAAUAGAGUGAAUGUGAGAGAGAAGAAGUGUAAGAUAGCUAACAUGGGCCAUGGGCGGCUGGAUAGGACCCGGCCCAGUGCAGCCCGACUAUGGGCCCAUGGGCCCUUGGCCGCUUCCAUAUCGAAAUUAAGAAACUCUAGCACAGCCUCCUCUUUUAGGGUUUAGGGUUUGCCUGCGAGCAAUUUGGAUUCUGACCAGUACCCUCUCAUCACUUCUUCUAAGUCUUUUAGGGUUGAUCAUGGCGUGCACGAUCGAUUUCAGAUUCCUCGACGAUGGCCUCGCGGGCCCUAAGAACAAGCGAAAGAGAUCAGAAGAAGGCAGUACUCAAAACCCCACCAGCACCAACGAUGAUGUCUCAAUGGAGAUCGACAACCCUCCAUCCUCCAAGCGACAAGCCGUACCCUCUUCAGAAGACCCCGAUAAACCGGUGUUCGGACGGCCGACCUACGACGGCGUGAUCGCCGGAAGAGUCUCCGGGCGGAAGUGGAAGCAGCCGCGGAAGAACCGGGCGUCGGCGGCGCAGGUGAGCCGGAAGGGCACGACGUUCGAGCAGAGGGCGAAGGAGAAGGAGAUCAAGAAGGCGUACAAGGAGAGGAUGAACGAGCUGAAGGAGCAGAUUAGGGCUAACAAGAUCGAGAAGAGGAAGAUGAGGGAGGAGAGGGAGAAGAAGAAGCAGGAGAACAUUCUCAAGUCUGGGACUAAGCUCCAGAAGAUCACCAAUCCCAAAACGCUGAAGAAGAUCGCCAAGUCCAAGCAGAGGAAGCUUCUCAAGGUUGUUCCUGAUGAUGUGCUCAAGAAAUAGACGAGUAUGAAUCGUAUGAUUAUUUUUUUUUAUUAUCAUCUAAAUGUUGAAUCCUUUAGUGGGUUUUUGAAUUUAUAAAUUCAUUUCUGCAA